AUGGAUAGCGCGAAGUGUACCUGUGUCCUCUUAUUACUCUUUGGACAACUUUUUGAUUGCAUAUACGGCUAUCGUCGGCUGGAGGCCGGUUUGGGCGAGGGUCAGGUCGUAUUGUACCCGGCCCCCUUUUACGUCGUAGACGGUCUGGAUUUUCAAGGUAUGGCACUCGCGUAUUUAGAGGAACAAGGCAUCAACACGAGUAUCGAGGUGCAGAGCUGGAUGAAGGAUCACGCCUAUAAUUCACUGCGCGCCAUGCUGGACGAUGAUAUGUUGUACAAGGCUAUACGCUGGAUGGUCCUUGCGAGGUCGACUACAGCUUGUGUGGGAAUUCAUGUAAGCUUGUGUGGUACUGGCUUGGAAUCAAGUACGUCGAAGGGAUUUAUUCAUGGCAAGUCUACAAAAACUGCAUCAACCUCGGUAAUAAAAGCCUUGGUGUCUAGGAAAGAAACAAGGAGUAGGACAAGUGUUAAUACACAAUGA